AUUUGAAUUCUAUUCGCCAUGGAAGCUGUACUUCUCUGCUCGAAGGUUGUUCCUCGAGCGACAUCGUUGGAAGAGCACCGAAAGUUUUCGUUCAGGCAUUUGAACAAACACCUUAAGUGCAAUUCGCUUCGUGCUGAUUCCAGAAACACUCCGUUGCUCCGAAGCUUUGAAGCCAUUCAGAGUCCGUCUAGCUGGAGAUUUUCUCCGUUCCCAGUGAGAAAAGGUUCAUGGGUUUCGCCCAGAUGCUCAAUUUCUAGCUCGACUGUUUCCGAUUCCGAUAACCCUUUCCUUAGCCAAUUUCGAACCUUCUCGUUUGGGUCAGUGGUGAAGAAAGUUCGUGACUUGAAAGUGAAGCCCAUGGAUGUUGUGAAGUUAACUCUUUUGCUAUCGAUUUUGACUGUGGCUGCGAAAAAGGUGGUAAAUUUGGUCUUGGACCCAUUCUUCUGGAUGUAUUUCAGCUGGACAUGGUUGUUCUGGCCUUGGUUUAUCGCUGUGGGUCUUGCGGGUUAUGGAAUUUACUGCUUUCGUAAGCAUUGGCUUGGAGAAGCCAAUGCCUUUGAGCAGCUUGGUAUUGUUACUUCAGUCUUCACAUGGCUUACACUUGUGCCUCCUGCUUAUUUCAAUGGUUAUCUUGAAGGCUGGCCUUAUGUGUUCUUCUUGGCGUAUCAUUACUUCUUUUUCUUCAAUGUUAGCGUGAGAAAACGCCUCUAUGGAGAUUACUAUGCUCGCACACAUGAUCCCAAGUGGGAUGUGAACACGCCUUUGUGGUCUCGGAUUCUGUUUGGUGUUGGCAUCAUGGUUGGACAUUGGCUUGCAGCUUUUGAAGGGCCUGAGCUUCACCGAUUACCAGGGGGUUGGGCCAAUGUAGGGAUAUGGAUUUUGAUUGUAAUUACAAUGCUUAUGCAUUAUGAUUCAACGCUAUAUCUUGCUAGAUAUUCCGAAAAGGUUGUUGUUCCAACGGCUGUUGUGCAAUUUGGUCCUUAUAGAUGGGUCAGACAUCCGAUAUAUGCUUCUACGAUGCUUCUUUUCGCUGCAUACUGCACUGCCCUGCGUGCGCCUUUGAGUCUGUUGUUUCUUUUAGCGGUGUGUUUGGUUUACUACAACAAGAAGGCAAAGCUGGAGGAAGAAUUGAUGGUGGAGAGUUUCGGACAAAGCUAUUCGGAUUAUGCUGAUAAGGUUAGGCACAAGUUCAUUCCUUUUGUUUACUAGUGCUUUAGAGGAACCUGUGUUGUUGUGUCUAAUUAUCUGGUAUCUAUCAGUCAAAGAUGUAUGAAUGAAGAUGAGUUCAAUUG